UUUUCCAACACGCUACACCAUAAGUUUCAUAUCCCGAAUUAAAUACAAGCAUAGCAGCUGUUGAAAUGAAUUUAUAUUACGGCCAUCUGUCCAAUCCACCACUCACCUCUUCUUUAAAUUCCUUCAUCUCUGUCUCCUUCUAUCUCUGAAACAAAACAAAAAACAAACGUUAACAUGAUCACAGCACCACCAAAGUUAAUUCAGUCUCCGACAACCCUAAUUGAAUGUUGCAUGUGUGGAGAUUCCGGCCUUUCUUCUCAGCUUUUUCAAUGCAAAAUUUGCCAAUUCAGAUCACAACACAGAUACUGUAGCAAUCUGUACCCAAAAGCUGAAUCGUACCAAGUAUGCAACUGGUGUUUGAGUAAUGACCCAAAAGAAAAAUCUCAAAAUUCUUCAUCGUCGAAUAAAAACAGCAGUGAAGAUGAUGACAGCAAGAAAAACAGCCAGAACAAGAAAAAAACCCGAGGAUUAUUAAAGACCCAUCAAUCACCAAGAGGUAAUUUACAGUUACAAGUGAUGAAUAGCCCAAUCAAGAAACAAAAAUCACCUGAAAGAUCAUCACCAGUACCAGUACUACAGUCAACUACUCGAAGAAGACUGGUUAGUAAUGGGAGAUUAGAAGAGAUAAAGCUGAUUAGAAGGACUAAAUCAGAAGAGAUUAAUAAAAAUAAUGGAAUCAUUAAGCAAGUAUUUAGAAACAAAGUGAGAAGAUAUAAGCUUCUUGAUGAGGUUUCGAGCUGAUCGUUUUGUAAAUCAAUUGGUAUUUUAUAUGGUUUGGUUUUUAUGUUCUUGAUCAGUGUAUCUUGAUUCUUGAUUAUCAGGUUAAUGAUGAUACUGAUAUAUGAUCACUGCCGUUAAAAAUAAUAAUAGUAGGGCAUAUAAUUUGUUGCAGCCAA